AUGGUGGUACUCAUCAUUUCGGGUGAAACAGGUUGUGGAAAGACAACACAACUUCCACAAUUUAUCCUAGAAUCCGAGAUAGAAUUAGUUCGUGGAGCUGUGUGUAAUAUUAUUUGCACACAACCACGACGCAUUGCGGCAAUAUCUGUUUCUGAAAGAGUUGCUUCUGAAAGAGGAGAAAAAUUGGGUGAAUCUGUUGGAUAUAAAGUUAGACUUGAAGGUGCUAGAGGGAGAGAUACACAUCUUCUCUUUUGCACUACAGGCAUCUUAUUAAGAAGAUUGCUAAAUGAUAGAAACUUAAAUGGUGUAACUCAUAUUAUUGUUGAUGAAAUUCAUGAGCGUGGGAUUAAUGAAGAUUUUUUGCUUGUUGUCCUGAAAGAUCUUCUAGCUUGUCGACCAGAACUGAAACUGAUUCUAAUGAGUGCUAGCCUUGAUGCUCAGCUCUUCUCUUCAUAUUUUAAUAGUGCUGCAACGAUCAAGAUUCCAGUAUGUUACAUAAACUGA